AUUAUCCACAAAGUCACUCAUAUCACUAACCACACAUCUCACUCAAAACUCUCUCUCACUUGCAUCCAUGAGUAGCAAUACUACAACAACUAUGUUCAUAAUUUCCAGCUUCCUCUGUCUUAUAUUUUCUUCGUUUCUUCCAUCAAGUUCGGCCAACACCUGCAGAUCGUAUUGCGGAAACCUCACCGUAGAUUACCCGUUCGCCGUCCACUCCGGCUGCGGCCACCCGGGCUUUCGAGAUCUCUUAUACUGCAUCAACGAUGUGCUCAUGUUUCACAUCAGCUCGGGAUCUUACAGAGUCUUGGACAUAGACUACGCUUACCAAGCCCUCACGUUACACGACCCUCACAUGUCAACAUGCGACAACAUAGUGCUAGGUGCCAAGGGCAACGGCUUCUCCGUCGAGCAAUGGCGGGCCCCGUACAUGACCCCAACCACCGACAACGUGUUCAUGCUGAUCGGCUGCUCGGCUGAGUCGCCGCUCUUCCAAGGCUUUCCGGGGAAGCACUUGCCAUGCAGAAACGUUUCCGGCAUGAGUUGCGAGGAGUACUAUGGUUGUCCAGCGUGGAAUUCGUUGGGCCAUAGGAGGGUGGGCUUCUGGUUUGGGUCGGGCCCACCUGAGUGCUGUGCAGUGCCGUUUGAGGCCAUCAAGGCCGUUAAUCUCACCAAGCUUCAGUGUCAAGGGUAUAGCAGUGCUUACAAUCUGGCCCCACUGAAGCUCGAUGGGGCCCACGGGUGGUCUUAUGGUAUCCGAGUGAAGUAUUCUGUUCAAGAAAAUGAUCAGUUUUGUAGAGCGUGUGAGGCAACCGGAGGCACGUGCGGUUACGGUACCGAUGGCAUUAAGCAAUUGUGUAUGUGUGGGAGCUUCAAUUCCACAUCAAAUUGUGAUUCCGUAAAAUCGGCAUCAACAAGAACAUACCCUAUGGUGGAGAGUUACACAUUGAGAGGAUUACUGUUGUGUAUACUAGCUUGGAUUACAAAGAAACAUUAUUGAAAUGGAUAUCGAAUUUAGCAUAUGUAUGCAUAGAGAGAGAGAGAGAGAGAGUGAUGUAAAC